AUGGUUUGUUUUUGCUUUCUGGUUGAUCAAAAGAUGACGGUGCGUCGGGGUAAGCCGGUGGCUGGCUCGUGUUCGCGGUGCGGACACGGUGCUAAAGUGGCUGAGAUGUAUACAUCAACUAGAUUUUGUUAUAUUCCAUUGUAUACCAAGUCUUGGAAGGCUAUUGUUUGUAGUUUUUGUGGUACCAUUCUCAAAUCCUAUACAUAAACUAAUAACAAUAGGUGAAGGGUGAUUAGUUAUAUUCCCUUUUUCUCGAGGUUGCGGAGGUAAAAUAGAUCGAUGAAGGAU